GUGUUUGUUGAGUGUGUCCAUUAUUGCCAUAAAAACAACCCACUGGUGUUCUUAAAGUUAAAAAAAAAAGAAGCAUCCAAAUAUAAUUGAAGUUGUGACACUGUUACAUGAAAUUUUGUGUAGGUAGCAACAGAAUGUGAUAAUUAUUGCUGGUUUUUGGCUUGUCUUCAGGCUUUUGAUACAUGGGUUGUUCUAUAUUUUCCCCAUAGUUUACUCAUUUGGUGUCUUUCUCAUGGCUGGAGGUCAGAGAACAAAAGGACUCAACAAGUCUUGCUUUGUGCUCAUAGUGAUAGCUGGAAUAGAGAGGUUUGCCUUCAAAGGGGUGGCAUCGAAUUUGGUAACUUAUCUUACAGAUGUUGUUAAGAUGAGCAAUUCUGCGGCAGCCAAGACUGUUAAUAAUUGGUGUGGUUUCACAUCCAUGUUACCACUGUUAGUUGCAUCCCUUGCUGAUUCUUGUUGGGACAAGUAUCCCACCAUCUUAGCCUCUUCUUUCAUCUAUGUUGUGGGGCUUGUGGCAUUGACGUCAACAGAAUUGACUUGGUCAUGGUAUCCCUCCAACAACCUAAGCUUUUCAUUCCUGUUUUGUUCGCUCUGUUUGGUCUCACUAGGCCAAGGUGGAUAUAACCCAUCUUUGCAAGCUUUUGGAGCCGAUCAACUUGAAAGUGAUGAUGAACUUCCAUGCUCAAAAGAUGACCAGAAAUCUAAUAAAAAGAGUUUGUUCUUUAAAUGGUGGUAUUUUGGUGUUUGUGGUGGUAGCCUCUUAGGUGUCACAGUCAUGUCCUAUAUUCAAGACACAUUUGGCUGGGUACUGGGAUUUACUAUCCCAACAAUUGCAAUGGUUUCUUCAAUUGGAUUAUUCUGGUGUGGAAGCAGAAUGUAUGUGUACAAACAGAAAGAUAAUAGUACAGAUAAAAAGCCAUUUCGAAACAUAGUUCGAGCGAUUAAAGAAACUGCAUUGAAAUUAACAAACUGCAGAAUCAAAUUAUCAAGUAGCAAAUCUCAAGUUGUUGAGCUAGAGCUGCAGGAGAAGCCUCUUUGUCCUGAGAGCUUAGGCAAGGUCAAGGGCUUGAAUGACAACUCUUUUGAAAAUGCAAAGGUUGUAUUAAGGCUUGUGCCUAUUUGGACAAUGCUCCUGAUGUUUGCAGUCAUUUUUCAACAGCCUGCCACAUUCUUCACCAAGCAAGGUGUGACAAUGAAGAGGAAUAUUGGCAGCAAUUUCAAGAUCCCUCCAGCUACACUACAGAGUUCUAUUACAGUAUCUAUAAUCCUUCUGAUGCCACUGUAUGAUACAAUGUUUAUCCCAAUUAUACGGAUCAUAACUCGGGAUGAAAAGGGUAUCAAUGUAAUGCAAAGAAUGGGGAUUGGGAUGGUUCUUUCUAUAAUAGCUAUGAUGAUUGCAGCACUGGUUGAAACAAAAAGGCUUGAGAUGAGCCAAAAAAUGCCACAUUCUGAAACAGUUCCCCUAAGCAUAUUUUGGCUGCUACCUCAGUACAUUCUGCUUGGCAUUUCAGACAUCUUCACUGUUGUUGGGAUGCAAGAGUUUUUCUACAGUGAAGUUCCAGGAAGAAUGAAAACUAUGGGGAUUGCACUGUAUACUAGCGUAUUUGGAGUGGGAAGUUUCUUGGGUGCCCUGUUGAUUUCCCUUGUAGAAAUUUUCAACAAUUCAAGAGGGAGGCAGAGCUGGUUCUCUGACGACAUGAGAGAAGCUCACCUGGACAAGUACUACUGGCUUCUAGCCUUGUUAAGUGCACUAAGCAUGCUGCUUUAUGUCAUUUUGUGCAAAUUUUACAGGAGUGAAUAGGAUUGUGAGAAUUGUCAGUGAGUACUUUGUUUUAAAUUUUCAUAUAGUUUUUGUCUAAAGAAAAAUCUCCUGUAAUCACUUGAAAUUUUGGCAGCAUAUUUUACUUGCAA